GUUGCACUAUGAACUAGCAACAAUGCUAAUCCAUCAUAACGUGACAGAGAGGCUAAUUGUUAGGAAACUUUGGUGUUUCGUCAAAAUUCUUCAGUCAUUAUGGAGGGUGAUAAAGCGCUUGAGGCUCUUUCAACCCUUGACAGCCCCGCAGGCAAGUUGAAACUUGUGUUGACUCGAAAGGAAGCGUCUGUCAAGAGCGAAAACUCAGAGAGUGGCACCGAGGAAGCUACGAAGUUGUCCGACUUAAGCGCAGACAAGUCAAGCACUACUGACUAUGACAGCUUGAGUAGCCAGCUUGAAGGCCUGCGCGUCCUCAACAGCCAAUCGGUGCAGGUGGUGGACCACGAGGACACAGUGACAGUCACCGACACCUUGCUUGAAGUACCUUCCAGGACUCGACGGAAGGGCGUCGACCAUGCAACCUGGCUCAAGAAAAAGAAGGCUCAGGAGGCGACAAAAAAGAGGACCACCCACGAGAAAAAUGAGCAAAAAGAGGCGACAGAGCUUUUCCUCCCAUCCCUUGCUGAGGAUCCGCACUUCACAAAUUGUCUACUCCAGGACGGGCCAGAAGUUGACGCAAGAGGGGAAAGGGCAUGGAAGAAGUGGGUGGAGCGAAAGCGGCAGACAAUCCUCAAGCAGCAGCAGCAAGAGGUGCAGAUGCAGCGCCAACUGGAGGAUUUGCACAUGCAAAAGCGCCAACUGGCCAAUGUCAAGUUUGCAGAGUGGUACCAGAAGAAGGAACUGGAGCGGAGAACUGGCAGCAAGAAGAAGCACAUGGGCAGUGCCAAGCACCAGCAGCUGAGGAAGGAGAUGGAAGAGAGGAGAAAAAAGCUGAACUACAGAAUCAAGUGGGAAGAUUGGAACAGGACCAAGAGUCAACAGGUGCUGCCCAAGAAGUUCACGCAUCAGGAGUACCCUCAACCAGCCUGGGUGAACCCUGACCCUUGGGUUGACUGACUUGACGCUUGAAAAUCUAAUUAAAUUUUCGUCCCAUAAAGAAGCAAAAAUUCUCUGCUUUAUAAUGAAUUGCAAUUUUUAAGGUUUAAAU